CCACACCAGCAGAUUCCUUUUCUGGCGACCGCAGCGCUGGUGGUGCGCUUGGCUCGUGGGAGGUCGGCGUGCUUUGCGAGGCAGUUGCUCCAGUUGAUAAGCGGCGGCAGGACGUUCCGAAGAGCGAGGCUUCAACGUGUGCGGCGCGAAACCCUUUCGAAAAUAUAUUUUCCCCUAACAGCCAGUCAGCAAACAUGUCAGCUGGAUAUGAUUAUCAAUAUGCACCAGUGUACAAGCCUACGACUGAGCCCAGUAAUGGUCAUGCUCCUGUCCUGGACGACGAGAAGGCUGCGUCGGUACCUCCGGAACAAGCGGUGCAACUCAAGCGGCGUGUCAGCCUUCUGAGUGGCGUCGCACUCAUUGUAGGCACAAUGAUCGGUUCUGGCAUUUUCGUUUCCCCAAAGGGCGUCCUGGAACGCUCCGGCUCCGUCGGACUGAGCUUGGUAGUCUGGGCCGGGUGUGGGGUGCUUUCGCUCUUCGGAGCCCUGUCGCUGGCUGAAUUGGGCACUAUGAUACAUAAGUCAGGAGGAGAGUUCAUCUACAUCCUGACCGCCUUUUCUGGAGAGAAGCGUGGAGGCAUUGGCGCCGUACCUGCUUUCCUGCAGGCCUGGACCACUGUGCUCUUGUUGAAGCCCGCGAGUCUGGGAAUCAUGACGCUAAGCUUCGCCAAGUAUGUCAUCUUACCGGCCUUACCAGGUUGCCAAGACACACCGCCCGUGCCAACGAAAAUGAUUGCAUCUUUAUGCAUAUGCAUGGUGGCUCUGGUUAAUUGCUACAGUGUCAAACUGGCUACUAGGAUACAGAACGUGUUCACUGUUACGAAAUUGGUUGCCAUAGGAAUCAUCAUUAUUGCUGGUAUUGUAAAAGUAUUCCAAGGACAUACGCAGUACUUAGCGACAGGGUUCCAAGGGUCAACUACCUCUGUGUCAGAUAUCGCCACUGCCUUCUACUCAGGACUUUGGGCCUACGAUGGCUGGAACAACUUGAACUAUAUUACGGAAGAGCUCGUCAACCCUUAUGUCAACCUUCCGCGAGCCAUUAUAAUCGGUAUCCCUUUGGUAACACUCUGCUACGUCUUCGUCAAUCUAUCCUACAUGAGUGUCAUGUCCUCCACGGAACUGCUCGCCUCUGAAGCUGUCGCCGUGAGAUUCGGUGACCACGUGCUUGGCCCAGCCGCUGUGCUUAUUUGCCUGUUCGUGGCUGCCUCAACCUUCGGCUCUGGAAACGGAACAACAUUCACCGCUGCCAGGAUAAGCUUUGUCGCUGCCCGUGAGGGCCACUUGGCGGAAGUUUUAUCGUACGCACACGUGCGGAAGCUCACUCCGAUGCCAGCUCUAAUGCUCAACAGCAUGCUGGCCAUAUGCAUGGUGUCGCUGGCCGACAUCGGAAGCCUCAUCGACUUCUUCAGCUUUGCAGCCUGGAUGUUUUACGGUGCCACGAUGCUAGCUCUUAUUGUUAUGCGAUGGACCAAAAAGGAACUGUAUCGUCCGUAUCGGGUACCUAUCGUAAUCCCAUGGAUCGUCCUUUUGCUCUCCAUCUACCUCGUAGCUGCUCCUAUCAUUCAGAAACCACAAGUGGAGUACGUGUACGCGUGCCUGUUCAUCGCCUCUGGAAUAUUCUUCUAUGUCCCCUUCGUUCACUACAAAGUACAGCUCCUCCUCAUGAAAAAGGUCACAAUGUUUCUCCAACUAAUACUGAACGUGGUUCCGACGGCGUACACGGACAGUGUACAAGAUUGACAAAUGGCUCCUCAUGCGUGCGACUACAUAUUUUCACCAGCAUUUUGGAGAGAUGUCUCCUCCAUCCUCAUCACAACAUAGAUAGUGUGGAACAUUUCCAGCGAACGCAUUUUUUUCCUUCUCAUACGCAAGGCAAAUGGUGCUCGUUUAUGCCAUUUUACAUUUUUGUACCUACUUGCUAGUCGCGUGAUUUUGAAAUGCGACGAGCAGGAAAAGCACACAAAAGUGGAAUUUGACCCCCGAAUCAGCCUUGAUGAAGGCGAUCAAUUAAAAUGGCCUGCGAUAGGUUUUUUUAAAGGAAAGACUUGUUGCGUGGAUUGGUGCUCGAUUCGUAAAAGAUGCUCGAUUAAACGUGAAAUGUUAUUUUA